AUGACGGCCAAACGAGCAUACUCAGCAAAGCUGCAUCCCAUGGACAUCCCCGAGAUACGGAACCUUGUCAUCUCUAAUCUUUCCUCAACAACCAACAGCAGGACCAACAUCCUCUCAUGCUCAUGCGUCUCCAAAGCUUGGCUACAGACUUGCCUCCCCUACCUCUGGUAUAAACUCGACUUGCGCAAAUUCAACAAACAUCAACUGCACUUACGCUACCAAGGGAUCAUCAACAACGCACAUCUGAUUCGACAUCUCAGUCUGGAGCACAUGCAGUUCUAUGAAUUGCACCCACACCUCCAAGACUGUGUCCUGCCGUAUUGUCGGGGGUUACGGAGGAUCGAAUUUACAGAGACUUGGAAUUCGGUGGAUGACAGCGGGGUUGCGAAGGAUCGCUCGGACAAGGACAGGCUGCGGUUGAGAGAAUGGGCAGAUAUCGCGGCGCUGGUACAACAGAAUCCAGGGUUACAGGAAUUUUGGAUCGAGAACUCGAAUGUCUGGACGCCGCCUGUUGCAUUCUGGAAAGCCUUGGCAGAGGAUAUUCCCGCGUUGCGUUCUCUCCAGAUCUUGCGUGCUACCGUUGGGCAGGUCGGGAUCAGCAGUGCCGGAAGCAAUAUCAGCUACAGUGUCGGUGGCAACACAAGCAACAGCAGCGCCGCUGGGAGCAGUAACUCUAGUGACGGCAGUGAGCCCGAAGAAGAUAUGAUUCUAGACCUUUUUCUGUCUAUUUGCGACCGUGUCGAGGAACUGCAUCUUGACGCCGUGCUGUUCACCGGAGUCAAGACCGAGCGCUGGAUCAAUGGCCCGACAUUCUCUCACCUCCAGAAGCUGACGUACUUUGGGCGGUCCACCAUGCAGUUCGAACUCUUUUACAAGGCCCUGGAUGCACCUGGACUACGAGAACUCACCUGGGGAUCACCGUACAGAGCCAUGGUACAGCCCACCAUCAUUGCGCUCAUUUUGACUCCCGAGAUUGUGAAACGACGCCUGGCACUGGAGGUAUUGGAUCUGCAGGAGGUGAUGCCCUUUGAGGAUCGAGAGCUUCAACUGAUUCUCAUGUCGCUCUCACGGCCGCUUCUCGCGCUUCGGGUCAAGGAUUCCGGGUUUGGUAUACAGGCUCUGGAGGCGUUACUGCGACCGCGGCCUUCGUGGACUCAGUGGGGCGCUGGCAGCGGAUUCGCAGGAGAGCUGAUGGCAUGUCAUGGAUCUACCAUCCACACCUUGAACCUGCAAGGGUGUAUCACGGUGACCAGCGCGAUGGCGCAGAGGCUCUUGCAGAGUUGUCCCCAGCUUGAGGUUUUUGCCGCAUGGGAGAUCAAGGCGGUUGAUAUUUUGCAUGCGCAGACCGAGAACGGGGCGUGGUAUGGCCGUGAGCAGAUAAGACCAGCUUGGGCGUGCAGGAAGCUGAAACAAUUGGAGGUGUUUAUUUCGGUAUUCACAUCUCUUCAAGAAGUUUGGCGACAAGAAACAACUGGACAAGAGUACAUGACCUCCCCUUUUGAAUCGACCACGACCUCGACGGCGACGUCUUCACCAUUUUUGUCAGCAGCAGAAUUGGAAUGGAGUUCUAAUGGACUUGAAUCGUCAUCGUCAUUCUUGUCCAUGCGUGCUCCGUCACCACCACCUCCCCUCUUAGAAGCAGAACAACGGCUCCACAGAGCGGUCUACCGAGAACUUGCGCAGCUGACAGGACUCGAAAAGUUGGAGAUCGGUAAAUGGCGGUUGGCGACCGAGUACCAUCAGAACCCGGACGAGGAACAAGGACUGGAUUUGCGAUUGGACUCUGGACUUGAUGCCCUAGCGGGGCUGACGCGGCUGCGGGAGUUGGAUUUCAGGAACACGCCGCAGUAUUUGGGCGAGCAGGAUGUUAUUUGGAUGGCGGAGCACUUUUGUGGGAUGAGUGAGAGUGGUGGAGUGGGGCUCAGAGGCAGGUUUUCGGGAAAUCAUAAUUGGCAUCGGAAGCUGGAAGUGCUGUUCAAGAAUGUUCAGCAGCGAGGAAUGUCUUCGGUUGCAAAGCGUAGUUAG